AUGGCUCCGGUGCAGCUGGAGAGCCACCAGCUCGUCGCUCCCGGAAGCGGCGGCCCCACGGCGGCGGCGGCAGCAGCAGCAGCAGCAGCAGCUUCUGCAGCAGCAGCAGCGGCGGCGGCGGGCCCCGGCUACCGACUGAGCACCCUGGUCGAAUUCCUCCUGCACCGGGCCUACUCGGAACUCAUGGUCCUGACCGACCUACUGCCCAGGAAAUCCGACGUGGAGCGGAAGAUCGAGAUCGUGCAGUUCGCCAGCCGCACGCGCCAGCUCUUCGUCCGCUUGCUGGCUCUGGUCAAGUGGGCCAACGACGCGGGCAGGGUGGAGAAGUGUGCCAUGGUGUCGGGCUUCCUGGACCAGCAGGCCGUCUUGUUCGUGGACACCGCUGACCGCCUGGCCUCCCUGGCCAGGGAUGCUCUGGUCCACGCGCGCCUGCCCAGCUUUGCCAUCCCCUACGCCAUCGAUGUGCUGACGACCGGCUCUUACCCACGGCUCCCCACCUGCAUCAGGGAUAAGAUUAUCCCUCCCGAUCCCAUCACCAAGGUCGAGAAGCAGGCCACGCUCCACCAGCUCAAUCAGAUCCUGAGGCACAGGCUGGUGACCACCGAACUUCCUCCCCAGCUAGCGAACCUCACCGUGGCGAACGGCCGGGUGAAGUUUCGCGUGGAAGGAGAGUUCGAAGCCACGCUGACGGUGAUGGGGGAUGACCCCGAGGUUCCCUGGCGCCUCCUCAAGCUGGAGAUCCUGGUGGAGGACGAGGAGACGGGAGACGGGCGAGCUCUGGUUCACAGCAUGCAGAUCAACUUUAUCCACCAGCUGGUGCAGUCGAGGCUCUUCGCCGAUGAGAAACCCCUUCGGGACAUGUACCACUGCCUGCAUUCCUUCUGCCUGGCGCUGCAGUUGGAAGUGAUACAUUCUCAGACACUGUCGUUAAUCCGGGAGAGGUGGGGAGACCUUGUGCAGGUGGAGAGGUACCACGCGGGGAAGUGCCUCACCCUGUCGAUGUGGAACCAACAGGUUCUGGGGAGAAAGACAGGCACAGCCCCUGUCCACAAAGUUACCAUUAAGAUCGACGAGGACGAUGUCUCGAAGCCUCUGCAGAUUUCCCACGACCCGCCUUUGCCAACCUCUGAGUCCAAGUUAGCAGAAAGAGCCAUGAAGAUCGACCACCUGUCGGUGGAAAAGCUCCUGAUCGACAGCGUCCACGCGAGAGCGCACCAGAAGGUCCAGCAGCUGAAGGCCACGCUUAGAAGCUUCAACCCCAACGAGAACUCCUCCGUAGAGACGGCACUCCCGGCCCUCGUGGUUCCCAUCCUGGAGCCCUGCUGUAGUUCCGAGUGCCUGCACGUCUUUGUAGACCUGCACUCGGGAAUGUUCCAGUUGACGCUUUACGGACUUGACCAGGCCACCCUAGAUGACAUGGAAAAGUCUGUGAAUGAAGACAUGAAACGGAUCCUCCCUUGGAUCCAGCAGCUUAAAUUUUGGCUGGGACAGCAGCGUUGCAAACAGUCUGUCAAGCACCUGCCGGCGGUAAGCAGCGAAACGUUGCAGCUUUCCAAUGACUCCACGCAUCCUGUCGGGAACCUCUCCAAAAAUAAGCUCUUCAUAAAACUUACCCGGCUUCCCCAGUACUACGUUGUGGUGGAGAUGCUGGAGGUUCCCGAUCAACCGACCCAGCUCUUGUACAAGUACUAUCUGCUGUCUGUGAACACUCCAGAUCGCGACGAUGGCCCGGUCACGGCCUUGCUGCUGCAGCAAUUCAAGGACAACAUCCACGACUUGGCUUCCUGUACAAAAGCUGGCAAACAGGCCAGAGCCGGUUGGAAGAAGCACAAGUUGAAUGAUGACCCGUGCCCAGUGGCAUCCAAGAAAGCCAGACGAUCAGGAGAAACGUGUGCCUUCAAUAAAGUCCUAGCUCACAUUGUGGCUAUGUGCGACACCAACAUGCCCUUUGUAGCGCUCCGGAUGGAGCUGUCCAACCUGGAGAUUCCACAUCAGGGGGUGCAGGUGGAAGGCGACGGCUUCAGCCAUGCAAUUCACUUAUUAAAGAUCCCGCCCUGUAAGGGCGUCAGUGAAGAAACCCGAAAGGCUCUGGACCGGUCUCUUCUCGACUGCGCUUUCCGAUUACAAGGGAGAAAUAACCGCACAUGGGUGGCAGAGUUGGUGUUUGCAAAUUGUCCUCUCCAUGGCUCUUCUUCUAGGGAGCAAGGACCAUCCCGACACGUGUACCUGACCUACGAGAACCUGCUGUCUGAACCUGUCGGUGGCAGAAAGGUGGUUGAAAUGUUCCUUAAUGACUGGAACAGCAUUGCACGGUUAUAUGAAUGUGUGCUGGAAUUUUCACGCUCUCUGCCAGACAUGCCUGCUCACCUGAACGUCUUCUCGGAAGUGCGCGUUUAUAAUUAUCGGAAGCUCAUCUUGUGUUACGGAGCCACCAAGGGGAGCUCGGUUAGUAUCCAGUGGAAUCCCGCUCACCAGAAAUUUCACAUUUCCUUGGGAACUGUUGGCCCAAACUCAGGUUGCAGUAACUGUCACAACACCAUCCUCCAUCAGCUUCAAGAAAUGUUCAACAAAACACCGAAUGUGGUUCAGCUGUUGCAGGUGCUGUUUGAUACUCAAGCACCGUUGAAUGCCAUCAACAAACUCCCCACGGUGCCCAUGUUAGGCUUAACCCAGAGGACCAACACUGCCUACCAGUGCUUCUCCAUCCUGCCACAGUCGUCCACCCACAUCAGGCUGGCCUUCAGGAACAUGUACUGCAUUGACAUACACUGCCGCAGCCGGGGCGUCGUGGCAAUACGGGACGGCGCGUACAGCCUCUUCGACAACAGCAAGUUGGUCGAGGGUUUCUAUCCUGCGCCGGGAUUAAAGACAUUCCUUAACAUGUUUGUUGAUGGCAAUCAGGACGCUCGCAGAAGGUCUGUAACUGAGGAUGACCACCCCCCUUCCCCUAUCGGGGGUGACGUGAUGGACUCUCUGAUAUCACAGCUCCAGCCUCCGCUCCAGCAGCAGCCGUUUCCAAAGCAGCCGGGCACGCCGGGCGCUCACCCUCUCACGUCACCCCCCGCAUCCUACCACAGCACAGUCAGUGCGUCCCCGUCUAUGAUGCACACGCAGUCUCCAGGAACUCUCGACCCCAGCUCCCCGUACGCCAUGGUGUCACCAAGUGGGCGAGCGGGAAACUGGCCAGGAUCCCCUCAAGUGUCCGGACCCUCACCGGCCGCCCGCUUGCCUGGCAUGUCCCCAGCCAACCCGUCUGUGCAUUCUCCGAUUCCAGAUGCCUCUCCUUCCCCUCGUGCCGGGGCAAGCUCCCAAGCGACGCCAGCGAGCAUGCCCCCGCCACGGAAACUACCUCAGCGCCCCUGGGCCGCGUCUAUACCCACCGUCCUCACGCACAGUGCCUUGAACGUCCUGCUGCUGCCCUCUCCGACGCCCGGCCUCGUGCCCGGCCUGGCAGGUAGUUACCUCUGUUCCCCGCUGGAGAGAUUCCUCGGGUCGGUGAUCAUGAGGCGACACCUUCAGAGGAUCAUUCAACAAGAAACGCUGCAACUGAUAAACUCUAACGAACCCGGAGUCAUCAUGUUUAAGACGGAUGCCCUGAAAUGCAGAGUAGCCCUGAGUCCCCAAACCAACCAGACCCUGCAGCUGAAAGUGACACCUGAAAACGCAGGACAGUGGAAGCGUGACGAACUCCAGGUUCUGGAGAAAUUCUUCGAGACGCGAGUCGCAGGACCACCGUUUAAAGCCAACACCCUGAUAGCCUUCACCAAGCUGCUGGGAGCGCCUACGCACAUCCUCAGGGACUGUGCGCACAUCAUGAAGCUCGAGCUGUUUCCCGACCAGGCGACGCAGCUGAAAUGGAACGUUCAGUUUUGCCUGACCAUCCCUCCCAGCGCACCGCCGAUCGCGCCCCCGGGGACGCCGGCGGUAGUGCUGAAGUCCAAAAUGUUGUUUUUUCUUCAGCUGACUCAGAAAGCCUCAGUCCCUCCCCAAGAACCGGUGAGCAUCAUCGUCCCGAUCAUCUACGACAUGGCUUCGGGCACCACGCAGCAGGCAGACAUUCCCAGACAGCAGAACCCCGCCCUUGCCGCACCCGCGAUGGUCAGCAACAUCCUGAAGAGGUUUGCAGAGAUGAAUCCACCUCGGCAAGGUAAAUGCACAAUAUUUGCAGCUGUUCGUGAUCUAAUGGCUAACCUUACACUGCCUCCUGGUGGUCGUCCAUAGACACAACUGUGUGCUUAAAGGAGGAAGGCUGACAUGUGAGACAACCAAAAAAAAAAAAAAAAAAAUCUGAAUUCAGCCUUGUGUAUUUUUAGUUUUUUUUUUUUUUAAGGACUUCUAUUUUAUUUUUAACUAAAUAUUCUAAGCUGGCAAAAUUUUUUUCAGGGUGCACUUCUUUCAUCAAAAGACCAUAAGCCUUUUGUACAGUGGACUUUGUAUAGUGUGUUGAAGUGGGACACGUUUCACAUUAAUUAGGCAAGACAACCUGUGUCCGCUUGCCAGUAACAGGCUUAAUAUUGUUUUAUACUUUAAAAUAAUGAACAUGCCAAACUUGUUAAUUUAAUGGUUUUCCUAUGAUUUGGGUGUGAUAGUCCUGUUUCUGAAUCCUUUUUGUCUUUUUUACGGCAGGUCUGUUAUUUUUGAAUACUGUAAAACUGUGACAAACUUUAUAUGGAAGCUGUAUUUUAAUAUGACCAUUUUGAAUCCUUAUAUGAAAAUGUUUUGGGUGUUAAUAAGCAUAUCCCAAAGAAGCAAUAUUUAAUAAAACUAGGAUAUUAAAGUGA